CUGGCUUCCGGUUUGAGGAGUUCUGGAUUGAUAACUCAAUGGUUAUCGAUCUGUGAUCCACAGUUUUUGUCUUAAUACGAAUAUCACAACAUGUUGAUGUGAAAGAAAUCUCUCCAUUCAGAAGUGUCUUUGAUAUUCUCAUCACCUAAAUGAAGACUGUAUAUUUGUAAGGAGCAUUCAUGAAUAAGUCAACCUCUGUAUAUAAAUACAGUCUAUAACAAAGAACAGCGAAAUAUUUUUUUUCUUUCUCUGGAAUGUAUGGAAGAAACAUUGCAUUAAAUUAUUCUCUGAAUAUAGAGACACAAGUGAACAGAAAUGUAUUCAUAGAAAUGAAAAACACAUUAUCAAUGUGAUGUGUAUGAUAAAUAAUUCUCUCAUAAUGAAUAAUUUAAUUAAACCAGAAAACCCUGAUACAGAGAAAAAGGCAUAUCACUGUAAUAUCUGUGGUAAAUCAUUCCUUCAGUAUUGUUGCUUUACUUAUCACCAAUGGAUUCACGCAGGAGGGAACGGACAGCAGUGUGAUAUUUGUGAUAAAUCAUUUUCUAACAGUAGUGACGUUGCUAGACACACACAUACACAUACAGGAGAGAAGCCAUAUCAUUGUGAUAUCUGUGGUAAAUCAUUUCUUCAGUAUUGUUGCUUUACUUAUCACCAAUGGAUUCACACAGGUGGGGACGGGCAGCAGUGCGAUAUCUGUGAUAAAUCAUUUUCUAACAGUAGUGACGUUGCUAGACGUACACAUACAGGAGAGAAGCCAUAUCAUUGUGAUAUCUGUGGUAAAUCAUUUUCUUACAGUAGUGAAGUUGCUAGACACACACGUACACAUACAAGAGAGACGCCAUAUCAUUGUGAUGUCUGUGGUAAAUCAUUUCCUUACAGUAGUAGCGUUGCUAGACACAAACGUACACAUACGGGAGAGAAGCCAUAUCAUUGUGAUGUCUGUGGUAAAUCAUUCUCUCAAAGCAGUAUCUUGACUAAUCACAAAGCUACACACACAGGAGAGAAACCUCAUCAUUGUGGUAUCUGUGGUAAAUCAUUCUCUCGUAAUAGUGAAUUGGUUACUCACAGUCGCAUUCAUACAGGAGAGAAACCUUAUCAUUGUCGUGACUGUGGUAAAUCAUUCUCUUGUAAUAGUCAUUUGGUUGCUCACAAUCGCAUUCAUACUGGUGAGAGACCAUACCAUUGUGAUAUUUGUGGUAAAUCAUUCUAUCAAAAAAGUCACUUGACUAGUCACAAGCCUAUCCAUACAGGAGUGAAACCUUAUCAUUGUGAGAUCUGUGGUAAGACAUUUUCUCAAAGGCGUCAGUUGAAUAGACACACAAAUAUACAUACAAGAGAGGAACCAUAAUCUUGCAUUAGUUGUUGUAAUCCAUUUUUUGCAAAUGGUGUUGUAACUAUACACGAAAAUGUUCAUACCAGACACAACCUAUGUAAUGGUCGUGUCUGUGGUAAAUCAUUCUCUCAUAGACUUGACUUAACUGUACAUGAACGAAUCCCUACAAGAGAGUAGCUAUGUCAUUGUGACGUGUGGCAAAUCAUUCUCUCGAAAAAGCCACAUGCAUAAACAUGUAGGUAUUCACAGAGAUGUGUUAAUGUCUCAAUGUCAAAAUUUAUUAAGUCAUAACAAUAAUUAACACUAUUUGGUCUGCUAAAACACGGGCUUUUUCCUUUCAUCAAUUACAGGAAUUUAUUAAAGAAGAAUAAUGAAUAAAAUAUUUAUUUUGUGCUUGUUUUUUUACUCUAUAUCUAGACCCUGUUCCCUUUCUACCAUAAACCUGUCAACUGGCACAAAGUGACAUUCCUUCAAUACUACCUUCCUCCCUCCCAGUUGUGAGCUAGUUUGUCUUGCAAGGUACUUGGUGACCCUGUCGGUUUUGUUGUCACAUAAAAAAGAGAAAAAAAACACCCAGUGCACUCUGUAAAAUGGUUGACAUUAGGAAAUGCAUUGUGCAGUUGAAAACAAGCCACAUCAAACAAGGGAAACAUGUGCAGGUGCAGGCCAUGUCAGCUCCAGUUGAACUAUCCAACAUAUACCUGAAUGGAAAACAAACGUCAAAUAAUGAUGAAUCAAGUAUUUAUAGCAAGAUGAAAUUUUUUUUCCUUUGACACGCAACUAACAUAUAUUGCCUGUCAUUUUCCUCCAACGUAUUGUGAAUAAAUAUGCAAAUAUUUCUGGCGUCUGUUAUUUUAGAACCAAUACUUUGAAAGUGUCAAGCAGUUAGCUGGCAGCAACCUAAGCACAUUGGGUAAAAUGCUUAAUGGUAUUUCGUCUGCCGUUACAUUCUGAGUUUAAAUUCUGCCAUGGUCGACUUUGCCUUUCAUCCUUUCA